AUGCUUUUGAUCCCCAACAACGUGAAGAUGGCCGUGUGCGACAUCCCACCGCGGGGCCUCAAGAUGUCGGCCACCUUCAUCAGCAACAGCACGACCAUCCAGGAGCUGUUCAAGCGCAUCUCCGAGCAGUUCACGGCCAUGUUCUGGUGCAAUGCCUUCCUGCACUGGUACACAGGCGAGGGCAUGGACGAGAUGGAGUUCACCGAGGCUGAGAGCAACAUGAACGACCUGGUGUCCGAGUACCAGCAGUACCAGGAUGCCACAGCUCAUGAGCAGGGCGAGUUCGAGGAGGAGGAGGUCGAGGAAGAGGCUUAAGAACUUGCCAGAGACACCGUGCCACGUCAGUGAAUUUCUGUUGUCCUCAAUGAAGCAUGGUCUUUCUAUUUGUAUCUAUGGUGCUCAGUUUUGCCUCUGUCAAAAAUUCAUACUGUUGAUAUACUAAUGUGGCACUCCUCUAAAAAUUAAGGUAUAUACUAUACUAAUUAAAACACAUGUGUCCAAAAAAAA